GCCGGCGCCCCAGGCGAGCUCCGCGACGAGGUCGGCGGCAGGUGGGCGGUGGUCCCCAACGAGUACGUGCGGCUGGAGGGGUACCAGUGGGCCCGCGGCAGGACGGCGUGGGGGGGCGGCACGGUGUACAGCGUGGCCCGGUUCGGCAGCCUCGGCCAGGGCGUCCUCGUCCCCUCCUUCUGCAGGCUGGCGGCCCCGCCUGCGCGGCUGGUCGUCGACGGCCCGUCCAGGUGCGCCGACGCCCGGCACCGGUGCCCUGAGGCCUGGCUGCUGCAGGGCCUGCGGGAGCUCCGCGACGGGACGCGGGCGAGCCGGCGCGGGAUGUUGCCAGAGGAGCUGUACAAGGUAGCCUCCGCGCUCCCUGGAAUCUCCGUGUCGAUGCCCUGCGCGCUGCUGCAGGCGAAGGACGCCCCGAGCGUGGCAAACUUCGGCCGCAGGGCGACGCGGCGGAACCCGCUCUACGUGGACGCGGUGGAGUUGGGAGCGAAGGUGCGGCUGUCGAUCGCCCCGGCCAUCCAAUUGCCCAGUCGGGGACUCGGCGAGGUCAACACCGAGCUCGAGAGCCGCGGGCUUGGCGUCCGCCUGUUCCAGUUGGCCGGUGGCGGCUUUCUCUGCGUCGCCCAGGAGGGCGGGCCCCAGAUGAACUCCGUGGAGCUGGACGGUGCCACCCUCGAGGACGCGUGCCACUACAUCACGGCCGAGUGGGCGAGCGAGCUCGAGGAGCAUGCUGCCACCUGGACGCAGUUGUCUGUCCGCAUCUGCGACGCAAGCUCGCUCGAGGAACACCUGGGCCCGGCGCCGGGGCGUGGCGUGUUUCGGCCGCUGCACUCGGCAGGACCGGCGGCCGUCCUGUUGGAGGCACAGGCGUGCGUCUUCUGCGGCGCGCGGCCGGUGGUUGGCCUCGAGGUGCCCGAGGAGGCCGAGGAAGCCGCCGGCCGAUCUGCCCAAGGCCUCGCCGUCUGCGAGACGUGCUCGGCGUUCGUGCCGAAGUCUGCCGCCUUCGCGCAGAAGAAGGUGUUGGCGGAGUUCAUCUCGAAGCCGGCGGACAAGAUUGUGGGGACGGCGAACGAGGGCCUCGACAGGGCCCUGCUGCUGCGGAAGGCGCCAGAGGCGCCGAGGAUGAGCGAGACCGACGGCUGGCAGGCGCAGGCGACGGCUGCCGUCCCAGGCCUCGUGGUCGUGGCCGCGUGCGCGCUGCUCCGGCUCGCGAGGCCGCGGAACUGGGACAGCGCCUGCACGGAGCGCUUGCGCAGCAGGGUCCAGGAGGAGGUUGGCCAGGCCGUGGGCUGCGGGCGACUGGAGGUCAGCAUACCGUCGGCGGAUCCAGACGCCAGCGGCGGAGCGAUCAUCUGCUCAUGCGUGUUCGUGCACCCCGUCAUCGCCCUCGGUCCCAAUGAGCGCUUCCCGUUGGAGGGGACACAGGAUGACACGAGGUUCGACGCUCCGGCAAAAUACUUGGGCCUGCUCGCAGCACACCUCGCCAGCGGCGGUGCCAAAUGGCAACCUGUGCCACUCGGGUCACGGGACGCGGCUGCCCCCGGCGUGACCAAGACCGUCAUGGAGCCGCCCGUGCUGAGGGCCGCGGACGGUGAGCGCGCGGUGCUGCCCUGCGGCCUGUUGGCCUGCCAGCCGCCGCCGCGUGAGCUGCGCGGCCCGGGCGGCGGGCGAGGCGGGGCUGUCGAUAGCCCCCCGUUGGCCGUCGACGACGCCCCGCCUGUGACGGCUAGGAAGUCGCUGCCGAUGCCGCGGCGCGCGAUCGCGGACUUCUCCAGGCUGGGCGACACCGUGCCCGAGGACAGCUCCUCGCCGCUGAGGCUGCGUCCCACGGAAAACUCGCCGUGGUCUUUCUCCCCAGCGAGCAGCAGGGCGGACGCGACCCGCUCCACUGGCAGCCGCGCCUUGCCGGGCGAACAGCGCCUGGGGCGCGGUGUCCAGCGCGGCAUAGACGCCAGGACGGCCCUGCAGUGCUUCCAGCCAACUCAGGACCAGCUGCGCACGCGGCUCUGUCAGAUGGCGGGCACCGGCGAGGCGGAGCGCUGCAAGCUGCUGCUCGUGCGCUGGAGCGAUAGCCGAGGCGAGGGCGGUGGGGCGGUGGCGUGGGAGGCCGUCCUUUCUCGCGUGGCCGGGAGCUUCCGGGGCCAGAGCGCCCUCGACAUCGCUAUCGCUUACUUCCGCGCCGACACGGCGCAGGCGCUCCUGCAGUGCGUGCCGGCGGACGGGACGGACCCCAGGAUCGCCGAGCUGCUGGACUCGCCCUCGCCCGUGACCCGCCGCCUGCCGCUCAACGGCGCGAUGCUCAAUCUGGGCGAGAAGGCGGCCCAGGUGGCCGGGAUGCUCGUGCAGAGACGGGCGGACGUCAACUCCAUGAAGGGGCUGGAGCCGCCGAUGGCCCUGGCGGUGCGACUCGGCCGAGCGGACCUGGUGACGACGCUGCUCGGGUUCAGAGGGGACGCCAACCUCCGGCUGCACGACGGCGCGACGCUGCUGCACUGGGCCGUCGCGGGCAACUGGCCCGGGGUGCUACAGGCGCUGCUCGACGACCCGGGCUGCGACGUGGACGCCGCCGACUCCAGGGGCCGCACUGCCUUGGUGCCGGCGAUCCGCGGCGCCCCGAAGAGCGGCGCUGUGCUCGACGCGCUACUGCGAGCGCGCGCAGACGUAAACGCCCGCGACCUCUCGGGCGCGCGGCCAGUCCUGCAGCUGGCGGCGAUCCAGGACGCGGCCACCUGCGCCAAGGUGUUGCAGGCCGGCGCAGACAGGGACGCCGAGGACCCCGCGGACGGGAGCCGCCUGGUCCACCUCGCUGCCGAGGCCAGCAACGCGGUGCUGCUGCGGCAGCUGCUCGCCGAGAGGGCCGACAUCCACGCGCCCCACCCGAAGGACGGGCGCUCGCUGCUGCACCUGGCGGUGGGGCGGCAGAUGGCGCAGAGCGUGCGGGAGCUGCUGGCGCUCCAGGCCUCCGUGGACGCCGCCAGCCGCAUCGGCGACACGCCCCUCCGGGCGGCCGUGCAGGCCCGGGCCGCCGCCCGGGGUGCGGGCGACGCCGAGCUCGAGCUGGUCGGGGUGCUGCUCGCGGCGCGGGCGAACCCCAACGCCCCGAACGCCGCCGGGUGCGCCCCGAUCCACGCCGCCGCGGCCGCGGGCGACGAGCCCGCGACGCGGCUGCUGCUCGAGCACGGCGCGGACGCGCGGCUCGCCGACGCGCGCCUGUGGCGGCCCCUGCACUUCGGCGCGGCCGCGGGCGCCCCCGCCGGCGUGAUCGGGCGGCUGUUCAUUGCCGCAGUGAUCCAGGAAAGCGCAGCAGCAUCGAGCCAAUUGGAGCCGUCGCUCGCGAUGACACCUACACAGAUGAAAGAGAUCGUGGCUCAAGUAGUCCACGAGAUUGUGGCAGCGGGAAAGCCAACGAUCAUCGACCCCUGGCAGAAAGCGUGGGACGACCGCGAGCAGGCCGCAACAGCAGACAAGGAUCACGAGUACGGCAAGAACGAGAAGCCGCAGGACAGUCCGUCGCACGACGAUCGGCAGGCGCACGGGUGGAAGGACGGCCAAAAGUGGGUUGAGACCAGCGGCUGGGGCAGCUGGUCGAGCGGCUACUGGUCGGAGCAGGCGACCAACCUCGGCUGCCUCCCGGGGCACCUGGCAGAGGCGGCGGCGGGGGCGGGCGCCGAGGGCCACCCACCGCGGCGUGCGGCUGCGCUGGCGGGCCCCUGGUCCGCCCGGGGCCCGCGCCGCGUGCAGCAGCGGCAGACGGCGUACUGGCCCGCCCCAGCGGCGACUGGCGCGGAGGCGGCCUCGCGGCCCCGCGACGGCCCAAGCGCCCGCGGCCCCGUCGAGAGCCUCCCGGCGCUGGCCGCCGCCGUAUGGGCGCCGGCGGCGCCCGAGGCGCCGCCGACGCCGCGGCGAGGCGCGGGCGCCGCGCAGGGGCCGCGCUGUAGCGCCGCUGUGGCACGCUCGGCGGCGCAGGCGUCGGCGGCCUCCAAGAGGCGCGCGGCGCUCGCCGCUGCGCUGCUGACGCCAUGAGGUACAGGGCCUGCCCGUCGGCGUCCGGCCCCGUGUCCCUGCUCGACUCUCUUUUUUCGCUUUCCUGGCUUCUGCCGUUUCUGCCCCAGCCGCGGUGUUUCACUAGGCGUGCGCGAGAUUCAAGAGUCCGGCGGGCGU